GAAGCGAGAGGCACGCUGAAGAAGCCAGAUGUACCGUGAUAAUUAGCCGAGGAUAUUAAUGGGAAUAACGGGAUUAUGAGGAUUUGAGGCGAAGUCACCAGAAUCCGGUGUCUCGCAGGGCGAGGGAUUAAGUUAGGCGUCUUUACUUCUUCCCUCUGCCGUUAUGGGGAUAGACCGGCGGCGGAGAGCAUCGCUGGCUCUCACCUUGAACUUUCUCGCCUUGUUCCUGGCUGUGUCGGCUCUCACCACCAGCUACUGGUGCGAAGGGACACGGAAAGUGGUGAAGCCGUUCUGCACAGGACCGGUCACCACCAAGCAGUCCUUCUGCAUCAGGUUCAACAGCACCAACAUCAACGACACGCGGCUGGUGCAGUACAUCUGGGAGACCGGGGAGGACAAGUACGUGUUGAGGAAGUUUCACACCGGCAUUUGGUUCUCCUGCGAGCAGAACAUCAACAUGACCGGUGAGAAUUGCAGAAAUUUCCUUUAUGUUGCACCAUCAAACGAAAGAGGUGUGCUGUGGCUGUGCAUAGUUGCAGAGUGCCUCUACAUUCUCCUGCUGGCCACCGGAGGCAUCCUUAUGUCCAUAGAAGUGUGUCACAUCGGCAACGUCAUCGACGGGCUCAAGCUCAACGCCUUUGCUGCCAUAUUCACUGUGCUGUCAGGUCUGUUGGGGAUGGUAGCCCACAUGAUGUUCACCACAGCCUUCCAGCUGACAGUCAGUCUGGGCCCAGAGGACUGGAAACCUCAGACGUGGGACUACAGCUGGUCAUACAUUUUGGCAUGGAGCUCCUUCACGGCCUGCAUGGCAUCCUCAGUCACCACCAUCAACCGCUACACCAAAACCAUCCUGGAGUUCAAGCACAAGCGCAGGAACAUUGAGAAGAACCUGAAGAUCAAGCAGAAGCUGUUGGAGCUGGACUCUCCGGAGCAGGUGUGGGACAUGUACAUCAGCUCUGUGCCGAGCACUGCCGAGGAACUGCUCGACCUGUCGUCAGAUGGACGCAAGCUGUCCAACACCUCCAUCUUCUUAGACCUCAAUGACCUGCCAGAUCCACAGGGAGAGGAAUACUGCUAGACAAGCAGCGUGUAGCAUUUUGAAACAUGAUUCUGUCACUGUCAUGUCCAGUGUCUUACAAGGAUGUAAAUACUUUAAGGAUAAUGAGAUCAUGAUUGAGACCUCUGGGGAUUUUAAGUGAUUAGCCAAAAUGUUCAACAUUUAGCAUCGUAAAUCAGAGCACUAAUUUGGAAGCAUAUUUCUGGUCACCUGAUAAACAUAACUCUUGUUUGGUCUUCACCAUUCCUGAGAACUACAACAGGAUGUUUAAUUUCAGGUUUUUCACUGUGUUCAACAGAUACUUGCUGACGGGUGAUGACAGCCAUGAACCCAAAACCAUAGAAGCACAGCAGGAUAUUACAUAUUUUCAGCAUAAUAACUUCAUAUUUAAGGCAAAAGAUUUAAAGGUUUGGGGGGUUUUUACACAUCCUUAAAAAAAUCCAGUUUUAGUUUUAUAUUCAUGCGUCAUUAGCAAGGUUACAACAAUUAUUGUUAUUAGCAGGAAGACUAUUUACCUUACUUUGAAUAAAAAGUCAAUAAAAAAAAACUUGCAUUUUCAGAUCAUCAUAUCAUCUUUUGUUAGAAAAUAAUUUAGCCCUUCACAAAAAGCAGGGAAGCUAUUUACUCGGAACUUAUUCUGUAUAUUUGUGUAGUGAUAAAACAACAAAAAGAUCUGAAAAAUAAGCUUUUCACCAUUUAAAUGAUGGUCAAACCUGAUCUGCUGUGGCACAGCAUAUCAACAAAUAUACUGUCAAUAUACAGUAAAUGUACCAUUGAAGCUAAUUACACUACUGUAAAAUUCAAAAUGAAGGUUUGCCGUCUCCUCAGCAAUGAUCUCAGUGAUCACAGUGAUUGUUUAUUACCUCAGAACUCAUCAAAUGUACAUGGAAAUUUGAUUUGGAAACUUAUCCUGAUUCUGAUAAAAGUCAGAACAUGAUAUAUAAAAGACUCUACAGGGAUCCAGUUGGUUCAGGCCAACUGUUUAAAGCUAAUCAAGCCUCCUAUAACCUACAUAGCUGUCCCGUUAAAACUGGGUUGUAGCCUUAUCCAGAUUUCUGAAACCAAAACAUAUACAAAACAUAACUGGGAUACUUUGCAUACACCGAUGCUCAAAUGGUACAUGUAGCUCCUUCCAUGUCUAGUACUUCUAGUCGCUGAGCCCACCACAGUCGUUCUUCCCCGUUCAUAAAAGAUAGACAUGCCCAUCAUAAUGUUUUGAAAUCCUAAGUGUUUUGGCCGUCUCCACCAGGGGGCGUAACAAGCAUGGUUCAGAUCUGAUGAGAACCUGAAGACACUGGAUGAUGGUUAGCUGUGCACCAAAGCAUAUAAAUCUCAUCAUCUAUUGAAACUAGCAACAUUACAGAAAUGUUUGCUCUAGUUGUAAAUCAUCUGAGAAAUAGGAUACAUUUUUCUCAUUGGCUGUACAGAGGCCACUCUUCAGUCGUUCUUAUUUUCCAUGUAGGAGUCACCCCAUGGUGGCCGUUAGCAUAAAUGAGAAUAGGUGAAGCUGAGGAACCUAACAAAAGCCAAGAGAAAAGCUCCAUAGAAAGGACAGUGAUCUGAUCGCUUCUCCAACAUCUCCAAUUAGUUCAGUGAGGCGUAAAGAGUCUUGGGUUGCUGAAUUUUAAAGUUUAACUAUUGAUGAAGGUGUACAAAGUUGCUAAAGCUGCGUGUGUCCAUGACUCACUCAGCUGUAAAUAGACAUUGCUGGACCGACAGUAUCCAUAUAUUGAUACACUGCCUCACACCUAACCAAUCAUGUAAACCAAAUGGGAUUUAGUGGCAUCAAACACACUGCAUUAGGUCUUUAGAACCGAGAAGUACGACCACGAUCGAGGAACUGUAGCAGCAUUGCUCUGUCUAACACAUGGAAACAAAAGAUGAUUUUAAGGUGUAUAGCAAGAAGGUUCUGGAGGUUGAGGAUGCCUGCAGGCCACGCUGAGUGCCUUUACUUCCGGCAGCAUGCCUCCGCUCACGCAGCAUGCUCUGUGCUCACAACAUAUGAAUAAGGGCAGUGGUGUUUCUCUGAAAAAGUGACUGCUUUAGAGGAAACGUGUAGCUGUCUGUGCAAACUGCCAAAACCCAUCAGCGAGAGAACCGCGCGUCUUUUGAAGCUCUCUGUGUUAAUAUUUACUUGAUGAUGGGGGUGUUUUUCUUGUAUUGACACACUGGGAUUGUUGCUACUUACAGUCAUUUAAGUGCAUUUCAAAGUAUAUCUUUGUGUACCUUAUUUAUUUGUUCAGUUUAAAGUGAAAUGUAAAUGUAGAUGACUUGACAGCUUAUUCUUCUUGAGUUUAAAUGAUCUUUGAC